AUGCGUGGUGUAUUUUACCUUACCGGAGUGUUAUUAAAGCGAAAGCGCUUGUCAACUGUCCAUACCGAGGUAAGUGUGCUAUCAUCUGUUACGAACGCGCCCUUCUCCCCUUCGUGUCAGGCCGCGCUUCGCUCUGUCGCUAAGGAGAGACACUACGUGAAGAGGCACUGGUUGACAUUGGCACAGUCCCGUCGUUCAUGUAACGCUGUGGUGCUUCCUGGGGAGGCUCCGACCAUAAUACACUUGAACGUAAAGAGCGUCAUUCCAUUUUCUUCGGUACCGAAAAGUGUGCAGAAGCGCAUAAUGGAUGAACACCCGCCCUUCUUCGGGUCUGGUGUGGGUAUUCUUUCCACAAGAAUGAAAUGGAAAUCUGUCACUGGUGAUCGUCUUCGCCGCUUUCUGAACGAAGAAGAGUCUGAUCGUGUAUUGUACAUAGACACCGAUAUUGCUUCCGAGCUGGGUGUGCAGGUAAACCGGAAGGACGUUAUUGAUAUUCGAAAGCAGAGUUCCGUUUCAGUGUACAGUGCUGAGCAGUUAGAUGAUCCGUAUAAAGGGGAGCCACAAAGGGGCAUAACUCUGAACGCUGCAACCGGGAAGAGGCUUGGUCAGCCCGCACAUGACAUCCUUUUGGCUGUUGGUAUUCUUCGAGGUUACACCUCACCCAUGUGGGUGGCCGAAAAGCAGCUCAAACAUCUGAACCUUGAGGUAAAUAAAGGGUGUGAAAAUGAGGGUGUACUCGCCCCUAAUAUGACCGGGUUUGUUGUUUCCUUGUCCAGCAUCCCGAAGGAAGCGCAGAAGGAACUGCUGAAGGAACUGCAGGAGGAUCAUCCUGAUGCUUUUGGGUAUGAUCUGUACUUCAUAUACGGUGUGAAUGGGUGGGAAGUGAUGAGGUCUCGUGUACUCGUGAAGUCUAUGGCGGCGGUAAAUGAUCCUAGGUACCCUUACCACUUCGUCAACGUCAGGGAUUUUGGGUUACAAAAGCCCAAGUACUCCGCUUUCGCUGAAGCCUGUGAUCAUAAGGUGCAGUUGCUUAGAGGUAAGUCGGUGCGCAAACCUCCCGAGCCCCAUGAUGAGGAUGCCAAGAACCACAAGCUCGACGCGAGCUCCAUUGUACGCUCUUUUAGUAUUACUGUGGGCGCUAGCCGUUCACCAGUCCCCAUCCGCGGGUUUUUGGCCGAAGACGCCACGUUGCGUCGUUACUACAACGCCGUAUGUUUGACAGAGCCCCACUUGGCUGUUCCCGCUAUCCGCUCGAUAGCCGUUCUCAAUGGAAAGCUUGUUGGUCGCCGCGAUGAAGCGAAGUUGCGCGCCUUUGCACUUAAGCACAAGUUGUCUAGUCCCAUUUGGGUGACUCCUCUCGGUGCGAAACGAAUGGGCGUAGGUAUAGAGAAAAAGCAUAUCAAUAACUAUGUUCUUAUUGGCAGUGCCUCCAUAGAAGAAUAUGACGAUGAUUCAGGUGGUGGGACGAAUGAAGAGUUCUACAACAUAGACGACCUGGUGAACCCCGAUGAAGUUCUCUCCAUAUUUCCAAAGUCAAGCAAGUCGGCACACUUCAUGCUUGACUCCAAGUGGCGCCCCGUUCUCGGCAAGCAGCGUCAAGCGUUCUUGACGUCCCUUAAGCGUAGGAGCCCUCUCUGGGUGACCGUGAGCGAGUGCCUCAUGUCCGGUUUUCAGGCACUCCCCGAAGUGAAGCCCAUUUCCUUUCCCGUGGCAAAGAAAGGUGGCGGUGUUGAGGGAGGUCACAAGUUGUACAAUUCGCAAUUUACAACCGACCCUGUGCGUGUUAUAGGGCUGGCCACAAUAUACACAAGACCCCAGGGCACCACACUCUAA